AUGCACGCGCCAGACAACAAUGGCUCGACGUUGGGGUCGCCAGUAUACAACUCCAUCAUCUUCAGCUCGACAUCAGUGAACGACUACAGCGUCUUGAAUACGAGUGCGUACAUUUCAAAGAACAAGACCGAAGGCGCACUCGACAGUGCCGACUGGAAGAACAUGUACUUAAAUUUUCUUGGCGAUAACGUCGAGGAAAUGGGCGCAACACGAUGCAUCGACGCCUAUCGAGUCGCUUUCCUCACUCUCUGCUGGAAUGUGACAGCGUUUAACUUUGCCAAAGGCGUCUUGAUGCUCUUCUUCGCCUUCGGAAUGGGCGAAGAAGAUCCUCUGAUGACCAUUGGAGAUGCAGUCCAAUACAAUGUGAUCUCUAACCGCAACGGAAGUCUCGGCGCCAUGCAGAUCAAGACCAUCCUGGACACGGGUGACAUGAGUCAAGGAUCUAUACUUGCUAAUAUUCUGCUUGUCAACACGCCUCAAAUUAUUCUUUCAGUCAUUUACUCCACUUACACUUGCAAUGCCCAGUACACCAGUAUAUCCUUGAUUACUGAAUGGGACAGGUUCGGCAACGAGAAGGAGGCAAAGAGCCUUCGCGUCUCGUCUACACGCAGUGGAGCUCAGCGAGAUACCUACUUCCUUCAACUGCCGUACCGCUACUCGUUCCCUCUUGUAAUAUUUCCAGGGGGACUUCACUGGCUCAUUUCUCAGAGCUUCUUCCUCGUCAACCUGGAGGUAUAUGUCCCUUCAGCUGAUGGCAAGUCUAUGGUACGACUAGUAGAGGGGAACUCGUUUGCCGGUGUGACAGCCUACGGGUGGUCGCCACUCGGGGUUUUUUGUAUUCUCGUGGUAAUUAUCUUCAUGAUGGGAUUUCUCAUUAUCACGGAGAGACGUCGUUUGCGAUUCAGGGUCAUGCCCGUGGCGGGCAGCUGCGGCGCGGCCAUCUCUGCUGCUUGUCACCUUGGCUCAGACGAGGGAAAGAUGUGGGAGAAGACUCUGAGAUAG